AUGGCGUACGUGUUCAUACCGGUGCAGAACUCAGAGGAGGAAGUCCGAGUGGCGCUUGAUCAGCUCCCUCGCGACGCCACCGACAUUCUCGACAUCCUCAAGGCGGAGCAAGCUCCGCUCGAUCUCUGGCUCAUCAUCGCCAGGGAGUACUUUAAACAAGGGAAAAUUGAACAAUUUCGACAGAUAUUAGAGGAAGGAUCCAGUCCUGAAAUUGAUGAAUAUUAUGCAGAUGUACGUUAUGAGAGGAUCGCAAUUUUAAAUGCUUUAGGAGCAUAUUACAGUUAUCUUGGGAAAAUUGAGACCAGACAAAGAGAAAAGGAAGACUACUUUGUACAGGCUACAAAGUAUUAUAACAAGGCAUCAAGAAUUGACAUGCAUGAGCCUUCAACUUGGAUUGGGAAAGGUCAGCUUUUACUGGCCAAGGGAGACCUCGAGCAGGCAUUUAAUGCAUUCAAGAUUGUAUUAGACGGAGACCGUGAUAAUGUGUCUGCUCUUCUUGGUCAGGCAUGCGUCCACUUUAACCGAAGCCGAUAUCCCGAGUCUUUGGAGUUAUACAAGAGAGCAUUGCAAGUGUGUCCUUGGGCUCCAUCUGUAAGACUUGGUAUAGCUCUUUGCCAGUAUAAAUUAGGUCGUCCUGAGAAGGCAAAGCAAGCAUUUCAUCGGGUUUUGCAGUUAGAUCCAGAAAAUGUUGAAGCUCUUGUAGCUCUUGGAAUAUGUGAUCUGCAAACUAAUGAUGCUAUGGGUAUCCGAAAUGGGAUGGAGAAUAUGCAGAAAGCCUUCGAGAUUUAUCCUUACUGUGCUAUGUCACUGAAUUAUCUUGCAAAUCAUUUCUUCUUCACUGGCCAGCAUUUCCUAGUUGAGCAAUUGACUGAAACUGCACUUGCUGUAACUAUGCAUGGCCCAACAAAAGCACAUUCUUACUACAAUUUGGCCCGCUCGUAUCACAGCAAGGGGGACUAUGAGAAAGCAGGAAUGUAUUAUAUGGCAUCUGUUAAAGAAAGCAGUAAUGCACAUGAAUUUGUCUUACCAUAUUAUGGUUUAGGGCAGGUACAACUGAAACUGGGAGACAUGCGAAGUGCUUUAGCUAAUUUUGAAAAAGUCUUGGAGGUUCAACCAGAAAAUUGUGACACACUGAAAGCUAUUGGACACAUAUAUAUUCAGCUUGAGCAGAGCGAGAAGGCUCAAGAAGUAUUUAGGAAAGCCACCAAAAUUGAUCCUCGAGAUCCUCAGGCUUUCUUGGAUCUUGGUGAUCUGUUGAUCUCAACAGACAUUAAUGCUGCAUUAGAGGCCUUCAAAACUGCUCGUAAUUUGCUGAAAAGAGGGAAUGAAGAAGUACCCCUGGAGCUGCUGAAUAAUAUUGGUGCUCUCCAUUUUGAACGAGGAGAGUUUGAGCUUGCUGGCGAGGCCUUUAAGGAAGCUCUAGGAGAGGGCAUAUGGUGUAGUGUUACUGAAGCUGAAGGAGAAUCCUUAGAGAGCACUAGCUCCAGUCAUAGAAAUCUAGCUAAUCUAAUUAAUGAUGCACUAUAUCCUGUUGAUGCCAGCUCGAAUAUCAGUCAAUAUAAGGACUUUCAAGUGUUUCAUCGCCUUGAGGAGCAGGGCUUUUCUUUGGAGCUUCCUUGGAGUAAAGUUACAUCAUUAUUUAAUUUAGCUCGGGUGCUGGAGCAGAUUCACAGCACUGAAAGAGCCAGCAUCCUCUACCGUCUGAUAUUGUUUAAGUAUCCAGACUACACUGAUGCUUAUUUGAGACUUGCUGCCAUCGCAAAAGCUCUAAACAAUGUCCAGAUUAGCCUCGAACUGAUUGCUGAUGCGCUAAAGGUGGAUGAGAAAUGUCCAGAUGCUUUGUUAAUGCUUGGUGACUUGGAACUUAAGAAUGAUGACUGGGUCAAGGCGAAAGAAACUUUUCGGACAGCGAAAGACUGUACUGAUGCAAAAGAUAAUUAUGCUUCCGUUUGUUUGGGAAAUUGGAACUACUUUGCAGCCAAUCGCAAUGAGAAAAGAGCUCCCAAGUUGGAAGCUACACAUUAUGAGAAGGCUAAGGAACUAUAUACUAAGGUUCUGCUUCAGCAGUCUGCUAACCUCUAUGCAGCUAAUGGUGCUGGUAUGGUAUUUGCAGAAAAGGGUCAAUUUGAUAUAGCCAAGGAUCUUUUCACACAGGUUCAAGAAGCUGCAAGUGGAAGUAUUAAUGUCCAAAUGCCAGAUGUGUGGAUUAACUUGGCCCAUGUUCACUUUGCUCAAGGAAAUUUCACUUUAGCUGUAAAAAUGUACCAAAACUGUCUGCGUAAGUUCUAUAAUAAUACCGACAGUCAAGUGCUUCUCUACUUGGCACGUACGCAUUAUGAAGCUGAACAGUGGCAAGACUGUAAAAAGACCCUGCUAAGAGCUAUCCACUUGGCUCCUUCAAACUAUACAUUAAGAUUUGAUGCUGGAGUUACCCUACAGAAGUUCUCAGCAUCAACACUUCAAAAAACAAAAAGGACAGUGGAUGAGGUUCGAGCUACUGUGGCAGAGCUGAAAAAUGCUGUUCGUUUGUUUGGCCUGCUCUCUGCAGCUUCAAACCUUCACUUUCAUGGGUUUGAUGAGAAGAAAAUUGAAACCCACGUUGCUUACUGCAAGCAUUUGCUUGAAGCAGCCACUGUCCACUGUGAGCUUGCCGAGCGUGAAGAGUUGCAGAAUAUGCAGAGAUUGGAAGUGUUGCGUCAGAUGGAGUUGGCGGAUGAAACCCGCAGAAAGGCCGAGGAGCAGAGAAAAGCUCAGCAGAUGGAGAAAAGAAAGCAGGAGGAUGAAUUGAAGCAAGUCAUGCAACAAGAGAGGCAUUUGGAGCGCAUCAAGGAACAAUGGAAGAGCAGCUCGGGCUCGAAGCGCAGGGAUAAACCCCAGAAUGAUGAGGAUGAGGGUGGACACAGUGAAAAGAGGAGGAGAAAAGGGGGAAAACGUAAGAGGAAGGAUAAGAAACAGCGGUAUGAAUCUGAUGGGGGUGAUGCUGAGGUGGAGGAUCACGAGGAGAUGGAGUUUGAAGAUCAUUACAAUCGUACGAAUGAGGGUGAUGACAGAGAGGGUCCUUCCCAUGAUGUUCUUGCAGCCGCCGGACUCGAGGAUUCUGAUGCUGAGGAUUUUAUUGCAGCAGCUGGCCUUGAGGACUCUGAUGCCGAGGAUAACGAUGCUGCUCCCUCGAAUGCGAAUAAACGGAGACGGGGUUGGUCGGAAUCGGAUGAAGAAGAUGAGGGAGCAGGGAGGCAGCCAGAGCCCGAUCCAGAGCAAGAGGCCCAGCCCGAGCCCGGCCAUGAUGUCGAUAUGCAGGAGAGCGAUGGAGGUGGCGCGCCUGAUGAUGAAGAAUGA